CGCUUCGGUACGGUCCGGCAUCAGUUUGCACCGAAAACCGUACGCGGACAGACACGCAAGGAUAUAGAUCGACCUUCCUUUGCGAGAUGCCAUAAGCGAACGACGCACCCGUCGCGGUUAGGAAGAGCGAAGGAUACAUCCGGUUGGUACGGGGAUCUAAGCACUCGGUCGUUUAAGUAGUGUAAUAGAGUGGCGGUUUGUUGCCGUGUAUAUUUUUUCUGUACGGUGUGUGCUAUCCACCAUGUGAAGGUUGCAACAACAGAAAGAAAAGUGCAAGAAGAGAGCACGAUAUAAAGCGAGAAAGAAAGAAGAAAAAAGAAUAUUGUGUAUUGAAUGAUAAGAGUGCUCUAAGAUAUAGAUAUAACCAAGAAGAAGCCGUCUAUCGACCAUCAAUCGAAUAAGAUCCGGUUCCACAGAAGGAGAUUCUGCAAUACCCUAUCAAACCUCCGUACAUUAUUAAGCGGCACGUGCCAGAUAGUGGUGUAAAGUACUUAGUACGGUUGAAUGUAGUGAUAAGAUUGAGUGACAGUAAAGAACCCGGUGGGCCUUUUUGACGUGCGGUUGCGGCAGCUAUACAUAUAACACCUUCGCGGUCAGUGAUGGUUUGUGUACUAAAAUGACAAGCUGUAGGAUUGUUUCAUCCAGUGGUACGCUUUAGUGCCGGUUGUAGUUAGUUAUCACCGUGUAAAACAGUGUCACAGGGGCUAAAAGUGAACAGCAGCUGCCAACAAACAACCGAAAAAACAGGAGCACACUAACGAGUGUGGGGGUAACACUAACACAUGCAUACUUUCACCGUGUUUGGCAAUACGAUGUGCUUGAAUGGCAGGUUAAUAGCAGCCGUCUUACUAAUGCAGGCGUUAACGCUUGCCAGAUGUCUGCAACUGACGGAUAUCACCGUGCCGGAAGUGGUGGAUGUACGAGAGACGGUUACGCUUUCCUGCAGCUACGACAUGGGUAUGCACAAGCUCAACUCCGUCAAAUGGUACAAAGACGAACGGGAAUUCUUCAGAUACUCGCCGAUGAUGCCCAAGAGUCUGAUGUUCUUCGACGUGGACGGUGUGACGUUGCUGGAGAAUUCGACGGUACAGAUCUGCAAUCAGUUUAUGUGCAGCAUUCAACUGUACAAGCUCACCAUUCGCUCAAGCGGCUCGUACCGGUGCGAAAUAUCUGGCGAUGCGCCAGAGUUCAAGCUGGCGCACGGCGUCGGUAAUAUGACGGUGGCCGUCUACCCACAGUUCGAACCGAUCAUCAAUGGGCUGCAGCAUAAUGGGGGACAGCAUAACUAUGCGCUCGGUGACUUUGUCGUGGCGAACUGUUCGUCCGAUAUGUCCAGCCCGCCGGCCCGGCUUUACUGGUACAUCAACGAUCGUAACGUACCUUCGGAAUAUCUACAGCCGCAGCAUGAAACGACGGUCGAGAACGAUGGGUUUCUGUUGCGUUCCCGCACGCUCGAGAUACGCUUUUACAUCGACGAGAAGCGGCUCGGCAAGCUGAAGGACAAGCUGGUGCUGAAAUGUUUGGCACGGAUCGACUCCAUCCCGCAGGCAACGCGCGAGUCAUCGCAGAUCAUCCACAUACCGACGGCGGACGCGCUGCGCAACCAAAAGCUGAUCAAUUGGCGCGGAUCCGAUGCUUCACCAUUGCAUCACACAGACAUGCACCGGAUGUUUGUCGUGCUCUGCAUCGCGCUAGGCUUCUUCACGUGGCUUGUAUAAUUAUAUACCGCACAUCGUUUGCUUGCGAGACACCAGCUAAAGUACGUAAACCGUGUAGAGUUUAAGCGGCCGUGUUGAGCUUGAGCAACAAAAAAAAGAAAAAAAAAACAAGGAUGAAUGCCAAAUAUCAGCAGAAAUUUGAAAUUUAUUUUGGUAGAAUACGAUACAGCGUGCACAGAUACAAAUCAAAAUGAAAGUUUCUACUACCGUUAGUAUGUUGUUCUCAGUUGUUGGUUGAUCGUUGAGUUACGAUGAGUUGUGUCAUGUUUACAUUUUUGCAUUGAAAAAAUGGAAAACAAAAAUUAUAUCACAAUCUAACGAGUGGAUAAUGUUAAACAAAAAAUACGAUCGGUUAAAAUGAUUAAGAAAAAGAGAGAGAGAGAAAAAACAUUAACAAAAACAAACUUAAACGGUAAACGCUGCUUACUCGAUUAACAAAGGGCGACAAGAACAGCAAUGGAUGGAUUGCAAAUGGUGACCGUUACACUGUGCAGUGUAUUAAAUUACACCAUUCAUGCAGCUGGGAGAGCGAGAAAAAAAUGUACAUAUAUAUAUUCACUACUGCUGAAACCAUAACGGGAGGGAGUUGGUAGGAUAGAAAGUGGUUCCUAUUAAGCCUAGUGGCUGAAGGGUUCUUGCAUACGCAGAGCAUGCUUGAAAAUGUCGGUGGCACCCAGUGGGGCUUGGAAUGCUUCAACAGGGAGCUGAUUAGAAAUUACAGUGCAUGCAUACGAAGCGUCGGGCUUUGCCCCCAAAUCACAUGGCUAACAAAGCAAAGUUUACAAUAAGCGGCAUGUUGAAUUACGGAAAUACCAAACAGAAAAAAAACACAGAGAACGAAAAUGCUCCAAAUACAAUCUAAACAUGUACGCAAAACUGGGCGCUGAACCGAAAAAAACUAAAACACUAAUGAGUAAUGCGAAGGGACAUGAUGAGAAAGAAAAAAAUAUUGCCUUUUUUGCCGUACUUAUUCCAGCGCGAGAAGCAAUAAUGUGCUGGAGCAGGCGAACCGGGCUAGAGAAAACGAUCAAAUAUAUGAACUGGGCGUUAGAUAGUUUCAUAGAAAUUUUUCUACAAUUUAGUUAAUGACAAAUGUUGAUGCUUACGUUUGAGCGAACGUGUUGAUUACUGCGCGUGUGAAUGAAAUGAGAAAACUGUAAAGAAAAGCUACUGGUUGUUGCUAACUCCAAACAUAGAAAUGACAGUCCAAUAUGAUGCAUUUCAACAAACUGCAGUGGAGAUGUGUUUAUUAAGAACAAAGUGAUUUCAUUUUUACUAACGCUGAACACAUUUUAUCAUUAUUUUAUAUAUUAGAGGAAAAUUUAAAUGAUAGGAUGAUGAACAGUUCAUAUUAAGGAGUCGUGCAAGCGAAUAUGACGUUAAUGAAUCGUCCUAAAUUGAUAUAGAAUGUCGUGCCAUUGAUAUAGAAUGUCAGAUUCAUAGA